AUGCUUCGUCUCGUUGUAUUUGUCAGCAUCAUCGCUCUUGCGUUGGCUUGUGCUCAAAAGGCAAACUCAGGCGGCUCAGGCAGCUCAGGCAAAAACAACAACAAAAACAAAUGCAAUGACAAAAAAACAACUACGGAUUCGGAUUCGAAGACGACAAAAGGAACUUCGGGUGCAACUACAACUAAAGGAAAACGCGAAGUUGGACAAGCACAAGUCACCUUGGUAACCUAUCUGGACUUCGAUGCGGAAAUGACUUCUUUUUAUUUGGAGGCGGUCAGAUCAGUGGUGAGUAAACGUAUAUCUUCAGUGAAGCAAGCGAAAUGGCUGCAUAAUUCUCAUUACUCCACAACAGUACUCUUAUAG